AUGUCCGACAAAGACAUUCAUCCAAAUAAAUUCAGCGAACUUCGAAGUAUCUACAAAUACUACAUUGAUUCAUAUAAUGCGUUAUAUCAGCUGAAAACUGAAAAUGAAGAAGAUUUAAACUCAAUUUACAAACUGAUCAAAACAGAAUUGAUUGAUUCAAAUAAACAUCCACCACAAAUAAUUAUUCGAGACAUUUUAAAUAUAAUUCCGUAUAACAAUCGCUAUACAAAGUCAUAUUUAUCUCUUGCCAAGCUCAUAUCUGAUGAUUACCAUGUCACAGAUGUCAGAAAUGCUGGACCUAUGUCAGACUUCCUGUUUUACAAAGAACAUGGAAUUGAAUUAGACAAAUUUGAUGAUUUUGAAAAAAUUUGCUUAAAAAAUCUGGAUAUUCAUAAAACAGAUACAAUUUACAGAGCAAUUAUGUAUAAUGACUUAGAAAGAUUCAUUGCAUUCACUGAAAGAGAUGGAUUUGAUGAAGAUCAAACACUUGAAAGCAGAUUAUAUCCUUAUGAAGAGGAAUAUUUUAAUAAAUUUUCAUUGCUUGAAUUAUGUUGUUAUCAUGGAGCAGUUGAUUGUUUCAAAUUUUUACAAAGAGAAUUUGAAUCAAAAAUAACUCGAACAUGUUUUAAAUUUUCGUUUUUAGGAGCAAAUCCAGAAAUCAUGAGCGAAUGUUUGAAAUAUCAAAAGCCAAAUUAUAAAUGCAUGAAAUAUGCAAUUAUUUCACACAAUAUAGAUUUUAUUACAUUCUUGAUGAAUGAAUACAAUUUAGGGAUAGUUUUAGAUUAUUGUGCCAAGUAUAAUAAUAUUGAAUCAUUAUUAGUUUAUUUCGAUCAAACUAAUAAUGUUUACACAUGCUUUUAUAUUUCGGUGGUAUUUAAUAUUCCAUCUCUUUGUGAAUAUUUUCUUUCAAAUGGUAUAAAUAUCAAUGAAAAAGAUGAAUUUGGACAAACUACUCUUCAUAUUGCAGCACAAUAUAAUAAUAAAGAAACAGUCGAACUUCUUAUUUCACAUGGAAUAAAUAUUAACGAAAAAGAUAAAAAUGGACAAACCGCUCUUCACAGAGCGGUAUAUUAUAAUCGUAAAGAAACAGCCGAACUUCUUAUUUCAUAUGGUAUAAAUAUCAAUGAAAAAGAUAAUAGGGAAGAGACCGCUCUUCAUAUUGCAGUAAGCAAUAAUAGAAAAGAAAUAACCGAACUUCUUAUUUCGCAUGGUAUAAAUAUCAAUGAAAAAGCUAAAUAUGGAGAAACCGCUCUUCAUAUUGCAGUAUAUUGGUAUAGUAAAGAAAUAACCGAACUUCUUAUUUCACAUGGAGCAAAUAUCAAUGAAAAAAAUAAUAAUGGAUAA